AUGGGUGCUCGCAGAACACAUCGAAAGUCACGGAACGGUUGCCCAGAAUGCAAGAGACGCAGAUUGAAGUGUGACGAGCGUUAUCCUUGCACAAACUGCGUCAAGCACGCAAUACAGUGUUCCUACAUUGAGCAAGAUGUGUCGACUCCAAGUGCGACUCCAGCGACACAGCCGGAUUCGCUGCAUACGGGUAGGCAUUCGCCCUCAAUACCCAGAUCAUACCCGGCGACCCCGGGAUAUGCAAGCGCUCCGCCCGAGAAUAGAUCGGACUUGCUGCAUUUCCUGACCGACUCGCCCAAUGAAAUUCAGACACUAGAGACGGACGACUGGGCAUCUGACCUUGAAUUAAUGCACCACUACUGCACUGUGACUUGCAAUACUCUGACGGUUCGCGAAGACGCACGUCAUGUUUGGCGCGUUGUUCUCCCGAUCGAGGGGUAUUCGAAUAAAUAUUUGAUGCAUGGCAUUUUAGCUUUAUCGGCUCUCCAUCGCGCUCAUUUAUACCCAAGAUGGAGAGACAAGUACAUCAAAGCGACAGCCUACCACCAAGCAGCCGGGUUGAAACAGUUCCGAGAGCUGAUCGCUUCGCCAAUUGAUCCCGACAAUUGGCAACCUGUCUUUUGCUUUUCCUCCAUGAUCAUGGUAUACGUCUGUGCUUCCCCCGUCCGGAUAGGAGAGCGCUGGCCCGCUCCGAUAUUGAAUAUGGCAGAGUUGUUCUCUGUCGUCAAGGGAAUGCAGAGCAUUAUGGAGCCAUGGCUACACAGCCUGAAGAAGACACAGCUUGCUCCACUUGUGAACAGUGUGCAUCUUGAGAGUGACCUCAUCCUAAGCCCGGCCAUGAUGCGACAGUCUUUACUUCCUCCUGGUACUCACGAGCAUCUAUCCCUUUUGCAUAACUUUGUCAAUGAUUACCCUUUUCCCGAAUCCGAGGAGAACCCCGAGACACCUGAUGGGCAGCCAAUGCCCGAUCAUCGAGACGAUUACAAGAAGGCCCUGGCUUUUUUCGGAAAUUCUUUGCGUCAAAUCGACUUGGCGGGACCACAUAUCGAAAUUGGAAUGGUUCUCAUGUGGGCAUACUCGCUGUCCAACCGAUUCCGUGAUGACUUGGAGGCGUACCGGCCGCCUGCUCUAGUUCUGCUAUCUUACUGGUGUGUUUUGCUGCAUCUUGUCGAUCAUUCCUGGUAUAUCAAUGGUGCUUCCAGAGAGUUACUGGGAGACAUCGAGGAAAAGCUCCACCCAGCCUUCAAGGAUUGGUUGACGUGGCCAAAGCAGGAGGUUUUUGGACAUCGAUGA